AUGAAGACCUUCUGGUCUUCGCGCCUGCCAGCGCGUGAACCCAAGGAGGACGAUUUGGACGAUGCAGAUAUUCCGCUACUCGGCCACGACCUGCCGGUAGCUGCUCCCCGGCUGCGAAGGGCGGGUGCGACAUCGUUGUCCAUGUGGGCGCUGGCGCUGUGUGUGACAGGCGCAUGGAUAUUGGGCAUUGUUAUGGGCGGCGUGGGGUCUGCUAUUCUGGCGCGAAAACCGGAGGAGGCGAGAAACACUACAACUACCAACAAGACCACCGGCACCGCCCGGCCGCCGCCGCAUGUCGCUGUAUUAUCCUCUCCACCGACGUCGUCGAGCUUGGUGUCAUCUGCAGCAGCGGUGACAGCGGUACCAGAUCCCGAAGCUUCUCUCCGCGCUAUUGCUGCUGCAAGCGUAGACGCUCUUAUCGGCCGACAGUCGUCCACCAUCGCUCAAGCCAAGGCCCGAUAUAUUCUCAGAAAUAAUCGUUCACCCCCGCCUUCCUUCCCACAAUGGUUCGACUACGCGCACGAGCGGCACUGUCUAAUCGACGAAUACGACCAGGUUUAUUCGGACUUUAAGGUCUUCUAUGACAUUGCGAAGGAGGAUCAGGGGUACUUUCGACGAAUGGCGGAGAGGGCAGCGCGGCAGAUCGAAGGUCAGGAUGCCUCGAUAUCGAGGGUGGACGUGAAGACUGGGUGGCCAUCGCUUCACGGGCAUACCGCGUAUGAUUCCUUUUGGCCAAAUACCUUUCCACGUUUUACCAAGAUAUUCGGCAACAUGACGUUCCUCGUAAAUGGGAGAGACGAGCCGCGCGUGGCGUUCAAUGCGCGAAAAAUGGACGCUUGGUCUCGCUUCAGAGAUACUAGGAGCGGGAGCAAGCCACAUAGUGUGGAAUCGGGUUAUUUUGGGUUGGCGCCUUCCCCUACGGCCCCGUGGUUUGCAGAGCAGGGGUGCGAGCUCCCAUUAGAGCGUGAGGGCAUGAUGAAGAGCGCCAAUCCCUGGAGCGGCUUUAUGCUCUCGUCUGUAACGCCGGCAUUUAGCACAGAGCUGUACCCACUCCUGAGUAUGGCAAAGGUGUCGCCUUGUUUCGCCGACAUCCUCUUCCCAACCGAGUUCUACUACACGUAUUCAUGGUGGUACCAGCCCUUCUAUUACCCCGACCGCGUCAAAUGGGAAGACAAACUCGAUAAAGCCUAUUGGCGUGGCGGCGCCACGAGCGGCCGCAUCCUCGACAACGCGACCUAUCAUUCGUUUCCCCGCUUCCUUCUAUCCAAACUCUCAAAACAACACCCCUCUCUGUUGGAUGCGCGAAUAACGACCUUCCCAGGAGACACCCACUGUCUCGGCACCUGCAACGCGAGCGCCGGUCGCUGGUUUUCAAGUCUACCAUCUUCAGUGAAUUCUUUAAUCUGUGGGUCCGCCCGUACGAGCACUACAUCCCCGUCCUCGCCGACCUGUCGGACCUUGUGGAGAAGAUUGAGUGGGCGAACGCGCACCCUGAGGAGGCACGCCUGA